UUUUUUUUUAAAAAAAUCAACUACCCUUUAAUUUCUAUAUUUUAAAUUCGUAUUUAGAGUUGGAAUUUAUUUGCUUUCGUUUCAAUUUCUGCGUUUUCCGUUGACGAUUCUCCGUCACCCCUCUGCUCCUACUGCUCAAUGUGACAAUCGCAUGAUCUGGUUACUCUGCUUACAAAGAUUGAAGUGCAAACUUUGAACCCCAAUUUCAAUAGGCAUAACAGUGAAAAGGCUGAAUCAAACCUCAAAUUUUAUUAUUCUUGUGCGGUUUAUCAUGGGGGAUAGUCAGUAUUCGUUUUCUCUCACCACAUUUAGCCCUUCUGGAAAGCUUGUUCAGAUUGAGCAUGCUUUGACAGCCGUUGGCUCUGGACAAACGUCUUUGGGAAUAAAAGCUGCAAAUGGAGUUGUCAUUGCUACCGAGAAGAAAUUGCCAUCUAUAUUGGUUGAUGAAACAUCAGUCCAGAAAAUUCAGUUAUUAACACCAAAUAUAGGUGUCGUAUAUAGUGGCAUGGGUCCCGAUUUUCGAGUUUUGGUUCGAAAAAGCAGGAAACAAGCUGAGCAGUAUCAUCGGUUAUAUAAAGAACCAAUUCCUGUCAAUCAACUUGUUAGGGAAGUUGCUGCCGUAAUGCAGGAAUUUACUCAGUCUGGUGGUGUUAGGCCUUUUGGAGUGUCACUGCUAGUUGCUGGAUUUGAUGAUAAUGGACCACAAUUAUAUCAGGUGGAUCCAUCAGGUUCAUAUUUUUCUUGGAAAGCUUCUGCUAUGGGGAAAAAUGUUUCUAAUGCAAAGACUUUUCUUGAGAAGAGGUACACAGAUGAUAUGGAGCUUGAUGAUUCAGUCCACACAGCAAUAUUGACUCUGAAGGAAGGGUUUGAGGGACAGAUCUCAGGAAAAAACAUUGAAAUUGGCAUAAUCGGUGCUGAUAAAAAGUUCAGGGUAUUGACACCAGCCGAAAUUGAUGAUUAUUUGGCUGAAGUAGAAUAAUGUGCAAUGAGGAAAUCGUGUGUUCCUGAAUUUGUUUUUUGUUUCACAGUUGGAUUUAAUUGGUAGAGUGCCUUUGUGAUGGCAAUAGUGAAUUUCUGAGCUACUCGUUGUGACGACCAGCAAGCCUUCCGAUAAACCUUUUCCAAAGUCAUCAACAUUUUCAAACAAUCCUAGUUUGUUUAUACGAUGCGGCUAUAACUUCUUAAUGAAUACUGCUAAUUUAUUAUCCCCCUACCCCACUCACACACACACCCAUCCACCUUGUUCAUUUACUUCUCGGCUUUUUCUUUUUUUCCCUUGGGAUUUUGUUGUGAACAAGGUCCACACUAGUCUUUCAACCUAAGUAAGAGUAUCUUAUUUGAUAUGUUGGAGAAGUAUAUAAACUUAACGUCCAUGCAACAACACAAUUUCAAUAUAUUAUAUAUUGAUUUAGAUAUA